AUGGCACCGAUCAUCGCAGUACGAGAAGCUAAAGGUGAUCCCAACAUCAAAUCAGAUGCUGGAUGGCUCCUUUACGUGAACACUGCAUUUGCAGCUCUGGGUGGUUUUCUUUUUGGAUAUGAUUUUGGAGUGACCAGUAGCGUCAUGGUGAUGCAUCCAUUUCAAGUUUAUUUUGCUCCUUUGACACCAGCAUUAAAGGGUGCCCUUAACUCGCUUAUGGGAUGUGGUGCUGUUAUUGGAUGCAUGAUUGCAGGCUGGAUGUCGGAUCGAUGGGGUCGCCGUGACAGUAUUUGUGUUUCAGCCAUCGUUUUCAUUGUGGGUGGUGUAUUGCAAACGGCCUCUGUUCAUAUUGGUAUGCAGUUGAUUGGUCGUUUCAUCUCUGGACUUUCAGUGGGUGCCUGUUCUGUAUUAUCACCCAUGUACAACGCUGAAUUGGCUCCCAAGGAAAUUCGUGGUCGUCUUGUGGGUUUCCAACAACUCAUGAUCAAUACGGGUUUACUUUGCUCUGGAUGGCUUGGCUUUGGAACAAACUACAUUACCAACGACUGGUCAUGGCGUAUCCCUUAUCUUGUCCAAGUCAUCCCUGCUAUUGUCCUUUGCCUUGCUCCUUUUGUCCUUCCACGCUCUCCACGCUGGCUAGUGGAAAAGGGACGUAUUGAUGAAGCCCAUCGCGUCCUUGCCAAAAUCCAUGGCCGUGGUGAUAUGGAUCAUCCUUACGUCAAGAUGGAGUUGCAAGAAAUCAAAGAUAACGUCGAACUUGAAAACAACAUCUCGGUCAACAACUACUGGGACAUGCUCAAGGAUCGAAAGAAUAGCCGUGUGUUAUGGGUCGGCUGCUCAAUUGCUGUAUUCCAACAACUCACAGGUGCCAAUGUGAUCAUGUACUAUGCUCCUAUUAUGUUUAAACAAGCAGGGUUGGAGGGUGACAUGUCACUGCUUGCCAACGGCAUUGACUACAUUGUCAUGGUUGUAUUUUGUCUUCCAGGCAUGUGGCUCGUUGACAAGAUAGGUCGUGUCAAACUUAUGAUCAUCGGCUCCGUUGGCAUGUGCUGUGGCUUUUUUAUCAUGGCAGGAUUGUAUGGUGGAUGCGGAUACAAGGAAUGGUCCGAAGAAGACCUCAUGAACGUUGUUAAUAUGUCGGAACACCCUCAGGCAGCAUCAGCAGUCAUUGCAUUCAUUUUCAUCUUUGUCGCCUUCUAUGGUACAACGUGGGCACCCGUCGCAUGGAUUUAUAUUGCUGAAAUCUUCCCAUUACGCAUCCGUUCCAAGGGUUUUGCCUUUGCCUCAGCCCUUUUGUGGUGUGCCAACAUCCUCGUGGGUCAAGUCACUCCUGUGCUUAUGGACAAGAUCACAUAUGGCACCUAUAUUGUGUACGGCGCUAUUGGGUUAAUUAUGCUUGCAUGGAUCAUCCUCUUUGCUCCAGAGCCUAAAGGCCUUUCACUUGAAGAGAUGGAAGUCAUUUUCCAUGGUCCUAUCAUUGUCACCAACCUCGACUACGAAGCGUAUUUGGAGGCACACAGAGAAGAAAUCGAACAAAAGCGUGCCGAAGUCGAAGCAGCAGCCGCUGGCGGUAAAACAACAAAGAUUGAAGAGACGUCUUAA